AUGCCGCCGCCUGCGGAUAUCGUGAAAGUGGCCAUAGAAUGGCCUGGAGCCUACCCUAAACUCAUGGAGAUUGACCAGAAAAAACCACUGUCUGCAAUAAUAAAGGAAGUCUGUGAUGGGUGGUCUCUUGCCAACCAUGAAUAUUUUGCACUGCAGCACGCUGAUAGUUCAAACUUCUACAUCACGGAAAAGAAUCGCAAUGAAAUAAAAAAUGGAACUAUUCUUCGAUUAACCACAUCUCCAGCUCAAAAUGCCCAGCAGCUCCAUGAACGAAUACAGUCAUCAAGUAUGGAUGCCAAGUUGGAAGCCCUGAAGGACUUGGCCAGCCUCUCCCGCGAUGUUACCUUUGCUCAGGAGUUCAUAAACCUGGAUGGCAUCUCACUCCUCACUCAGAUGGUAGAAAGUGGCACUGAACGAUACCAGAAGUUACAGAAGAUUAUGAAGCCUUGCUUUGGAGACAUGCUGUCCUUCACUUUGACGGCCUUUGUGGAGCUAAUGGACCAUGGCAUCGUGUCAUGGGAUACAUUCUCAGUGGCGUUCAUAAAGAAGAUAGCAAGCUUUGUGAACAAGUCCGCCAUAGACAUCUCAAUCCUACAGCGGUCCUUAGCCAUUUUGGAGUCAAUGGUUCUCAACAGCCAUGACCUCUACCAAAAGGUAGCACAGGAGAUCACCAUUGGCCAACUCAUCCCUCAUCUUCAAGGGACAGAUCAAGAAAUCCAGACUUACACUAUUGCUGUAAUCAACGCGCUUUUCCUGAAGGCCCCUGACGAGAGGAGGCAGGUUGAUGUAGAGAGCAAUGUUGACAUCCUUGAUUGUCCUCUGACUGAGAUGGCUAAUAUUUUGGCUCAGAAGCAGCUGCGCUACAUCAUUUUAACACAUGUCAUCCGAGCACAGCGCGCCAUCAACAACGAGAUGGCCCACCAGUUAUAUGUUCUCCAAGUGCUGACCUUUAACCUUCUGGAAGACAGGAUGAUGACCAAGAUGGACCCCCAGGACCAGGCUCAAAGAGACAUCAUAUUUGAACUUCGAAGAAUUGCUUUUGAUGCGGAGUCUGAACCUAAUAACAGCAGUGGCAGCAUGGAGAAGCGCAAGUCCAUGUACACGCGGGAUUAUAAGAAACUUGGCUUCAUUAACCAUGUCAAUCCUGCCAUGGACUUCACACAGACUCCUCCUGGGAUGCUGGCUCUGGACAACAUGCUGUAUUUCGCUAAGCACCAUCAGGAUGCAUACAUCCGGAUUGUGCUUGAGAACAGCAGUCGAGAGGAUAAACACGAGUGUCCCUUUGGCCGCAGCAGCAUAGAACUGACCAAGAUGCUCUGUGAGAUCCUGAAAGUGGGCGAGCUGCCGAGUGAGACCUGCAAUGAUUUCCACCCAAUGUUCUUCACCCAUGACAGAUCCUUUGAGGAGUUUUUCUGCAUUUGUAUCCAGCUCCUGAACAAAACAUGGAAGGAAAUGAGAGCCACUUCUGAAGACUUCAACAAGGUAAUGCAGGUGGUGAAGGAGCAGGUUAUGAGAGCGCUUACAACCAAGCCUAGCUCCCUGGACCAGUUCAAAAGCAAACUGCAGAACCUGAGCUACACUGAAAUCCUGAAAAUCCGACAGUCUGAGAGGAUGAACCAGGAAGAUUUCCAGUCUCGCCCGAUUUUGGAACUAAAGGAGAAGAUCCAGCCAGAAAUCUUAGAGUUGAUCAAACAGCAGCGCCUGAACCGCCUUGUGGAAGGGACCUGCUUUAGGAAACUCAACGCUCGUCGGAGACAAGACAAAUUUUGGUAUUGUCGGCUUUCACCCAAUCACAAGGUCUUACAUUAUGGCGACUUGGAAGAGAGCCCCAAGGAGAAUGCCCAUGAUUCCCUGCAGGACAAAUUGCCGGUGGCAGAUAUCAAAGCGGUGGUGACGGGAAAGGACUGCCCUCAUAUGAAAGAGAAAGGUGCCCUUAAACAAAACAAGGAGGUGCUUGAACUUGCUUUCUCCAUCUUGUAUGACUCAAAUUGCCAACUGAAUUUUAUUGCUCCUGACAAGCAUGAGUAUUGCAUCUGGACAGAUGGGCUGAACGCACUUCUUGGGAAGGACAUGAUGAGUGACCUGACACGGAAUGACCUAGACACCCUGCUGAGCAUGGAGAUCAAGCUCCGCCUGUUAGACCUGGAAAACAUCCAGAUCCCGGAUGCACCUCCACCCAUCCCCAAGGAGCCCAGCAACUAUGACUUCGUCUAUGACUGUAACUGAAGUGGCUGGGCCUGAACACAUUCCUCCCAAACUGGAAGAUCUAGCUAUCAGCAGAGAGGAUUGCAAACACACCCACAUGUUGUGUGGUGGGAAGCUGCGGGUCAACCCUUCCUUUGGUCUCAUUUUUAGCCCUAGCUUUUUUUUUUUAACCCCCCCCCCCCUUUUUUGGCAUCUUACCAUCUCCUUGAAUCUACUUCCUGACUCUGUUUUAGAUCACUCCAUUGCUACAGCUCCCUGGCGGCGGAUCUUAAGCAAAAGCCACCACUAGUAACAAAGUCUACUAGUCCUCUCAUCCUAACCUGCUGUGGGCAUAUCCUUCUGUCCUUCCCUCUUGCCUGGAGUAGGGAACCCAGUUAGCCCUGAACUGCCCCAAAUUUGUGCACUAAACCAAGAGAUAUGCCUAAGGCCAGGCUUGGGUAAAAUAGCUCUGUUACCGGACAAGAAGACCAAAGGCCACCACCUCCUACCCCUUCUCUCUAGGGUCAGCUCUAUGUGAGGUAAAAUCGCUUUCACAUGUCCUCCCUUCCUAGCCUUGGCCUUGCUCUGGUCCACUUUGGUCCUAUGUGUAGCAGCAGCAGCCUCAUGACAGUCCUCUAAGGUAUUAGAUCUCCCAAACACUCCACAGAGCCCGUGCCUGUUCCUUGUCUGCACUGUGACCAUGACCAUGACCAACCUCUCUGUCACACUAUCUAGUCUUGGACCUCCUCUCCUUGCCCCAGGCCAGACCUGCCUUCUUCAUUUCUUCAAGCUCCCAGCCUCUCAGCAGAAAGCACAAAUGAAGUCAGUAGUCCUGCUCCAUCUCAAGUAGAUUAAACCUCAUGGCCUCUAA